GACAAACCAGCACUGUGGCUCUGUGUAUUUGUAGCAUGUGUUAUGUUGCCAUUUCGGUUGAAAAUUGAAAAUGACGAACGGUCUUUACGGUAAAUGAUCUUGUUUCUGCCCCGAUUAGCCACCGAGCUAACAUUAGCCACUUCAUUUCCUCAGGUCAUGGAGUUUGCAGAGCUGAUUAAGACGCCCAGGGUGGACGGAGUCGUCCUGCACCGGCCUUUCCUGCCCACUGUGGAGGGGACUCUUUGUUUGACUGGUCAUCACCUGAUCCUCUCCUCCAGACAGGACAACACAGAGGAGCUGUGGCUGCUUCAUUCAAACAUUGACUCCAUAGAGAAAAGAUUCGUAGGGUCUUUGGGAACCAUCAUCGUAAAAUGCAAAGAUUUGAGGGUGAUCCAGCUCGACAUUCCGGGUAUGGAGGAGUGUAUCAACAUCGCCAACUCUAUUGAGGCUCUGUCCACUCUAGAUUCAGCUUCCCUGAUGUACCCGUUCUUCUACCGGCCCAUGUUUGAAGUCAUAGAGGACGGGUGGAAUACAUUUCUGCCACAGAACGCCUUUAAAGAUUUGGAGUCCAUGACAGACGAGUGGCGGCUGAGCGAGGUCAACAAGGACUUCAGCGCGUGUCCGUCGUACCCCCCUCUAGUGGCAGUCCCCAAAGACAUCGACGAUGACACACUGAGGAAAAUCGCCACUUUCCGUCACGGCGGCCGUUUUCCAGUGCUUAGCUACUACCACAAGAAGAACGGCAUGGUGAUGAUGCGAGCGGGACAGCCGCUGACGGGCACCAACGGGCGGCGGUGUAAGGAAGACGAGAAGCUGAUCAACGCCACCCUGCGGCCAGGAAAGCGCGGGUACAUCAUUGAUACGCGUGCUAUCAAUGUUGCUCAGCAGGCCAAAGCUCGAGGUGGAGGGUUUGAGUCUGAAGCGAACUACCCGCAGUGGAGGAGGAUCCACAAGGCCAUUGAAAGGCCAAAUGUCCUCCAGGAGAGCCUGAUUAAACUGGUGGAGGCGUGUAACGACCAGUCUCACAGCAUGGACCGCUGGUUAAGCAAGCUCGAGGCCUCCAGCUGGCAGAGUAACGUCAAGGAGAUCCUCACCACUGCCUGCCUGGCUGCACAGUGUAUCGACAGGGAGGGGGCGUCGGUGCUCGUUCAUGGCACAGAAGGGGCGGACUCCACCCUGCAGGUGACCUCCUUGGCUCAGAUCAUCCUUGAUCCGACCUGCAGGACAAUCAAAGGCUUCCAGGGACUGGUGGAGCGAGAGUGGCUCCAGGCAGGUCACCCUUUCCAGCAGCGCUGCGCCCAGUCGGCCUUCUGCAACAGCAAGCCUCGCCAAGAGGCUCCUGUCUUCCUGCUGUUCUUGGACUGCGUGUGGCAGAUCCUUCGCCAGUUUCCAUGCUCUUUCGAGUUCAGCGAGAGCUUCCUGGUGCUGCUCUUCGAACAUGCUUACGCCUCUCAGUUUGGUACUUUCUUGGGCAACAGUUCAGCCGAGAGAGCCAGGCUGUCUCUGCCUGAGAAGACCGUGUCCCUGUGGUCAUGGGUGAAUCGGCCCCAAGAGCUUGAGCACUUUACCAACCCGCUCUACGAGGCCAACAGUCUUGUGAUCUGGCCCUCUGUGGCCCCUCAGAGUCUGCUGCUGUGGGAAGGCGUGUUUCUUCGCUGGAACCGCUCCUCCAAGUGUUUGGAUGAGGCUUUCGAUGAAAUGGUGCAUAUCAUCGAAUACAACAAGGAACUCCAGAACAAGGUGAACAGCCUGCGCAGGCAGCUGGCCCAGCUCGAGACGGAGGAUCCUCUGCUUCAUACACCGUAGAGACGGAGAGGGAGAGGCCCCUACAAAAGGAAGCAAGAUGGAAUGAGGAGGUAGAUGGUCUAACUACACACAAAGAAAAAAAAAGGGUCAGUCCAUGUUUUAGGUGUUUUCGAUCAUUUCAAGACAAACUACUGAACAUUUUCACCAAACGAACCGCUCUUCACACACAUAACCAUGAAUAAAUGGAUUUAAACUUUACUGAAACCUUACAUCUUUUAGACAAAUACAUGUAUUUUACAAUGUCUUAUAGAAAAUAACAUCACCAAAAACCAAACAUCCUUCACCUCAUAGUUUUCUCAAAUCAUGCAGAACUACGCUUUGGCUUCACAGGCUCAUGCUUUAUGACUUUCAUUCAGCAAGUCUGGAGCUACGUGUUAGUACUUGUUAUGUUCCAUAGUAUCUUGGAAAUAAAUAUGAGUGCAGAGUGUGGAUUACUAUAGAAUUCACAUCUUCACCAACCAUCCUGCUCUAAUUUAUACGGCACUCAAGCGCUGCAGAGUAACCAUGGCAACAUAUAGGGUGCUCCAAGGCAGCAUGUGACUUUGCUGCAUGUUGGGAUGACAUAAUAGGCGUAGGUAGGGUCAGCGUCAACUGUGCAAUGGAAAGGGAGGUUUGUAUAAUCUGAUUAAAACAGUCCUGUAUGUUUAUCAGAUCGCUACCGAGUAGUAGCAUGGUCCGAAUUUACACAGAAGAUCGAUUUCAUUCAGCCUCUAAGCAAUAAGAGGCUCCAAGUUCUACCGGUAUUAUAAUAAUAUGGUCACACAGACGUUUCACGUAUUGCUUUAACGUCAGAUUCAUACAGUUAUAUAAUAGUUGUGUUCAUAUAAAAUGCACAUCUCCGUUUUACAAUUUAACAUUCAAAAUGGUCCACAGCGCAAAAACAAUUUCAACUUCUUUAUGUGUGUGUAUGUAUGUGUGAAGCCAUUAUACUAUAUUCCAUUUUCCUAAACAUAGUCUUCUAAUUCUUGUUAGUAUCUACCAACUGUUGCCAUAUUAGACUUUAAAUGCCUAAAUAUGAAGUGUGAAAACACGCCAAUUUAUUUGACUGUCUUGAUUUUGGGUGGUUACAGUGUGGAGCAUUGAACUAAAAUGCCUCAUAUAAGAACCUGAGUUGGAUCAGAAGAAAUUGUCCAUUUUGUCCAUGUAGCAACAGCUAUUACUGGUUGUCAUAAAACAGAACCACCAGGGCAACAGUUACCAUAAACUCUUCUAUACAAUAAUACUCCUCAGACACUCUCCGGUGUAUAAAAGUCCUGCGCUAUAACUUCAGCUAAGACUGUACAGAUAUCUCUCAGUCUGUUGUUCAGAAGUUAACUUCAUGGUCAAACCUUUGUCUUCACUAUAGUUAUUUUCUCAUCUACUCUGAACUCACCCUAACAAGUCAUUGUUCAGUAAAGCCACAUGAAAACAAUGCCUUGGUUUUAAAAAUCUGUCAUUAUAGGAGCAGAGAAACAACUUAACAAACAUCCUCUCUGGAUGCUGACAUUGAAGGUCACCUCUCAACGCGCUCCAUGGUAAUAUUAAGAAAGCUUUAUGCUGCGCUGUAAAUAUGAAAAAUCAUGGUUUCGUUUGUUCGCCAGUAACAAAAUGCAUUUUCUUCCCUUGUUCCUAUGCCACCUCACUGCACUGAUUCGCCUCAAGAGUUACGUAAUGAUCACACUAAACCGAGCUCAUUCCAGCCACUACUUUAACCUGCAUUACAAAAGGAAAUGUUUACAUGUGAUUUCAUGUGUGCACUAUUUACAUUGCUUCCUUCAGCCAAAAAAAAAAACAAAAAAAAAACACAUGCACCAUGCUUUGUGUGCGCAUGAAUGGAGCAGUGAGAAACCAGGUCGAUAUAGUCAUUUACAACCUUAAAAAUGCAUUAUGCCUGCAUUAAUAUCCUUAAAUGAUUGUUUUUUUUUUUUUUAACAUGUUAUCGCACUGUAGACAAAUAAAUCUUUUUUUGUGUUAUUAAAUUGUGCAAUGCCUUACUGUAUAAUCAGAUUUCUAAAUGAACAUGUAUGUACUUUUAUCACUGCUGAUCAUGUGCUGGUAAAAAAAAAAAAAAAAUCUAUUAAUGUUUUUUUUAUUAUUGUUUUUUUUUUUAAGUUUAAGCAAUUAAAAUUGUCGCACAAACGA